AUGGGAAACACUCUGCAGGCACUCCCUCACAGUACAAACCAAACCAAACAAUUUCAAGGUCAACAAGACGAUCAAAACCAAGAAAUCCCAGAAGAUGAAAAUCAAGCAUUCACUUGCGAAAUAUGCAUCGAGCCGAUGAUAUUACCGGACAGAAAAUUCAAGAACAGGGACAAUUGCAGCCACCCUUUUUGUACUGAUUGCAUGAUCAAGUACAUCCAAGUGAAGCUCGAGGAUGACAACGUCGGGAACAUCAAAUGCCCGGCUUUGAACUGCAAUCAGUUCUUGGACCCAGUUUCGUGUCGGUCGGUGAUGAGUCCAGCGCUUUUUGUGCGGUGGUGCGAUGUGCUUUGUGAAACGGCGAUCCUGGGAGGGGAGAGGUGUUAUUGUCCGUACAGGAAUUGUAAUUCUUUGAUCCUGAAUGAAUGUGGUGGGAAUUUGAAGAAAUCCAAGUGUCCCAGUUGUAAGAAUUGGCUUUGCUUCAAGUGUAUGAGGGUUUGGCAUGCCGGGUUUGGGUGUGAAGAGAGUGGAGAAUUGAGGGACAGAAAUGAUAUUGCUUUUGGGAGACUCGUGGAGCAGAGGAAGUGGAAUCGGUGUCCCCGGUGCCGCCAUUUUGUGGAACACGUUGAAGGCUGCUCAAUUAUCAAAUGCAGGUGCGGCAUUAGUUUCUGCUACAAAUGUGGAAGACAAGUUCAUCAACAUUGGUGUGGAUGUGAAUCGAAUUCUAUGUACAUCACGAGCUUCCUAAUUUUUACAGUUUUUGUUGUUCUGGGGUUUGGAAUCAUGAUCCUGAUUUGGAAUGCUGCAAAACGUGGACAUCGUACUAGUGUGUAG